UGGGAGUGUGCUCUCUACAGUUGUUACCGGAAAGCAGGUGCUGGGAAGCAGGUGAAUGGAAUGCUCCACUAUUUAAAGACCAUGAAUGAUCAGCCAUGGACCAGAUCACGUUUCAUCAUGAUACUGUGCUGUCAGAUGUUCAUAUGCUCCUGCCCAAUGCGCGCCACCUUAUGACACGCCUUAAUAAUGUUGGACAGCCUGUCUUCGUCUCCAAAUUCAAGAUCUUGUCAGAUGGUGACUGGCACGACAAGAAUGACCUAGGGAAAGCCUUAAAAGAGGCAAAUGAUCAUGAUGACCCAAGGGAGGAUGGGCAGCAAGGCACAAAAACCACACAAGAAAAAGAUGACAAGAAUAGUGGAGAAGGAAAUGUGGAACCAUUUUUGGAUGAAGACGGAGACCUUAACAUCACACAUCGACCGAGGAAAAACUCUCCGGAGGGUAGCAGCAGAGACGUGGUCUGUCCCAUCGUUCUCAGACAGUCAAACCCUGUAUUGGAACAAGAACAGGAGAACGUGGACGAUGAAGUUGAUAUGUGCUUCAAAGAUAUUAUACGGAUUGAGCACACUAUGGCCACACCCCUGGAGGACGUUGGCAAACAGGUGUGGCGAGGGGCAUUAUUCUUGGCUGAUUUCAUCCUUUCUAAGCCCGUCAUGUUCAGAGGUGCUACAGUCCUAGAGCUGGGAGCUGGAACAGGCUUAACCAGCAUCAUCAUGGCAACCAUAGCCAAAAAAGUGUACUGCACAGAUGUGGGAGAAGACCUUCUGAGCAUGUGCAAGAGAAAUGUUGCGUUAAAUAGACACAUGAUAGAGCACUCAGGUGGUGAGGUUAAAGUGAGACAUCUAGAUUGGCUCCAGCACGACCUCUGUACAGAUGCUAAUGUGGAACUGAGCUGGACAGAGGAGGAAGUUGCGGAUAUGUAUAACAACACCCGCUUCAUCGUUGCAGCUGAUGUGUGCUAUGAUGAUGAUCUGACGGAUGGCCUUUUCCGAACACUGUACCAACUCUGCAGUAACUUUCCUCACACCUGCACCAUCUUCAUCUCCAUAGAGAAAAGGGAUAGAUGAAUUGUUGAAGUCUGAGGGUCCCAGUCCUGUAAUGCAGCUCUCACUGUUAACACUGUGACUUGGACCUGGGGGACAUCAAUCACUGACGGGCUUGCAGCGGGGAGAGGUGAUGUCACUUGCAUCAUCCACACACAAGGAAACAAAUGUUUUCAUGCUUUCAAACAUUUUUUUCAGUCUGUUCUUAACUAUCUGCUUCUUUGAUUUGAUUUCCCUUGCUGUUAACUGUUACAAAUAUCUAAUGUUCAGCGUCUUUGAUUUUACACUCAAACUGUUUUGCCAUUCUUUUCAUCAAUGAGCACAGAGAGGCAUGAUUAAAUUAAAUGUCAUUAAUUAAAUGCCAUUAGGGGAAAUAAGUGUAUGUUGACAUUGACAUAUUUUUCAUGCAUAAUUUUUGCUGGACCUUAUUUUAUUUAUAAAGCUACAAUACAAGGCAAAGCUCACCAGAGUAAGAAAGGGAGAAAAAAGGAAAAGAAAGAAAAUAAUGUAUGUUUUAUUUGUGUAAAAUGUUAUCCAAAAAAAUCCCUGAAUAGAUGAAUAAACAAAAUCGAUAUCGAUAUCCCUCAUUUUAUUUUUUCUUGAUGAAAUUCCAAGGGGCAACAAAGGAAAAACAAUUCAAAUCAGAUGGAGUUCAUCAAAACAGCCAGUGAUGGCGCUAUAGUGUGUAGCUGAAAAACAAGCAAUAAAACAAACCAUAUACAACUGGUCUUAAACACAAGAUUUCUUAAUAGAGAUAACAACCCACUUCUGCGAAGCCCAAUGUGCUCACACAGUAUUUUUCCCAGUACAAAAAAAUACACACACCCAUAAAACACAUACAUACACACACACUCUGACGAUUUAAACAGCAGAGAUACAGAACCCAGGUGCAGGCAGAGAGAAAAAGCAGUAGACAGAGAGAGGCGGGAUUUCACACAGAGCCACACAUUUCAAAGUGAUUAAGGAGGACUUGCUGCCUCACAGCACUUUUAUGGGAUUAUUCUGAAUGGAACUGGUGACAAGACUAUUCUCCCACUUUUUCAUUGCGCACCUUUUAGGCAAGCGAGUAUCUUCCUCCUUUUCCUUUAACCAAAGGAUACUUCUGGAAUUUCCUGUCUAAGAUUGAAGGAACCCGAACAACAAAAAACUAAACAAAGAAACUUCAGCCAUUAGUGUGCUUUAACAUUUAAUGCAACACAAUUGUAGAAUUUGCUAAAAUAAGCAAAUACAAUGAUCAAACGCUGCAGUGCAGUCUGCGUCACUGAGAUCCAGAGCUAUUUUUAAAUGUCCACCUUACAGAUGUAAAGGAGGAAAGUAAAGCAAACAUCACCCUCCAUGCAGCAGCAGCACAUGCAGCAGUCUGUCACUCAUAAAGGGAUCCAGUCCCAGGUGAGCAGAGUGCAGGAGCCGGUCGGUCCACCAUAGUCUGCUAUUAGCUUAACAGUCCUUCAGGACUGCUACAACAUCUAACUGUUGCAUUGGCUGAUGCAAAUAGCUGCUAAUACUCAAUUAAAAAAGCAAAUGUGGCCUAAUUGAAAUGUCAUUUUUUAUUGCUGUACUUAUAAGUAGUUUGCAAUUUGCAUAUUAUGAUUGCUUCUCUAGUAUGCUGCUGUAUGAAUCUACUGCUUUACCAGUCCUGUCACACUUAUGUACAAUACAGUGGUAGAGAAUUGAAGAUGAAAUUUGGAAAUUUGGACCAACGCAAUGUCAAUAUUCUCCUCUGGUUGUUGAUUGGUUAGGGAGGACAUCCUUCAUUGGAGCAGAAGAUAGAAAUAACUUAAUGUCACUUACUGCAUUUGCUGAUUUUUCGAGAGCUACAGCAAAAUCACACAUUCAUUCCCACACUCUAGCAGUAAAUGGUUGGAUUGAACUCUCUGGGUUUGUGUGACCAGACAGGGUGAAAAUCUUUGAUGGUGGGGGAGGGGGCAAGACAGGAGAGGCGUUAGCCAGUCGGAGCAGAGGUGGUUUACUCUGCUCCUUUCAGCUGUAUUGUCAAAUAUUUUGUGAAAUGUGUUUUGAAUUAAUUUUAGAUUUAAGAGAGAAACAAAGAACAGUCACCUGAUAAUUCACCACUACACUUCCAAUGAGCUUAUAACCAUAACCUGAUUUAGUGCAGGAGUGGGUGUUGAGUUUUUUCUGAAUUCAUUAUGAAAUGAUAGCAAACAUAAUUGUUACCUGCACAUGUAACAAUAAACAGUUUCUGCACUUUGUUAACAUGUCCUCUUUGUCUGUCUUCAUCGAAUAAUAAUUUACAAAAUCAAACAGUAAUCAU